AUGCUCUCACGUGUUGCUGCAGUGAUGGCACCCCGCACACACAACCGUCGCCGCGUGACCGGAUCCCGCGGAAGGAGGAGGGAAGGAAGAGAGAGCGAGCCGCAGAGGCCCAACAUUUCCCGGCAUCACUUUUUUUCUGCAUUGCUCCUCGUCGUGAUGAUGUGCUGCAACGCUGGUGGUGCUGCGGAGCAGUCAUCUGAACCCCAGUUUGAAUGGAAGGACAUGAAGGAUGAGGAGGGUGGUGUAACUGUGGAAUCGUUGGGUGCUCCCGGCCUUCUAAAAGUGGGGAGUGACGUGUUUGCCGUUGCCGAGGCAAUGUGCGGGAAAGAGGAUGCUGAGGAUCACACUUUUAUUGGCAUUGUAUCCCAACUACUCACGAUGGAUAAGGGUAAAGAAUCGAAGGAGGAAUUUCCUAAAGAUGCCAAAAAGGGGACAAAAGUUUUGGAGAAGGACGUUUCCCAAGGCGAGAAGAAGAAAGUGGAUGUGAGCCGACCAACAACAGUUGUGAAGGGAAGUGAUAUUUACAUGCUUGUUGGGAAAUACAGCGGGAAACCCGCAGCCGGUGUUUCUGUGGAGGGCGGUGCCGAUGACGGGGGAUUAUUGCUGGUGAAAGGGAACGUCAGUGACGAAAGUAACAAGCAAAUUGACUGGAAGGAGACUACGGAUUUGUUACGGGCAGCUUUUGGCGAAGAACUUCAAUCCUUGGAAGGACUGAUUGGAAGUGGUGGAUCGGGAUUUGAGAUGAAGGGCGAUAAACUUGUGUUCCCAGUGGAAGGCACAAAGAAUGUAAAGGAGGGAAAGAAGAAGGCCGUAUCGCUGCUCAUAUUCACCUCCGGUAACGCUGCGAGUUGGAAGUUAUCGAAGGAGAUUCCUGACGGUGACUGCAGUGCUCCCUCCGUCGUGGAGUGGGGGGAGAAGGAGGACAAAAAACUCAUGAUGAUGACUGCGUGUGAUGAUGGCCGCCGCAGGGUGUACGAGUCCGCUGACAAGGGGGAGUCGUGGACGGAGGCACUCGGGACACUCUCGCGCGUGUGGGGCAACAAACAGGACGGAGAAGCGAAGGCCGUUAGAAGCGGGUUCAUCACAGCGACGAUUGACGGUGUUGGUGACAAUAAAAAUGUGAUGCUCGUUACUCUGCCGGUGUAUCCCGAGAAGGCUGAUAAAGGAGGCAAUGGAAAGGGCGUACUCCAUCUUUGGCUGACGGACAAUGCGCACAUUGUUGAUAUUGGGCCGGUAUCCGAUGAUGACGCUGCCGCCAGCUCCCUGUUGUACAAAAGUGCCGAAAGUGGAACUGAUAAUAAUGAGGAGAAGUUGAUUGCACUGUACGAAAAGAAGAAGGGCGCUGAGGAUACAUCACUCGGUAUGGUCUCUGUGCUUCUGACUGCGGAGCUGAAACGUGUGAAGGAGGUGCUGGCGACGUGGAAGAAAGUGGACGAAACUGUCUCCAAGUUGUGCCUCUCAAGUGCUGAGGAGGAUGCCCCAUCUGAAAAUGCCUGCAGCAAUACUGUUAAGAUCACGGAUGGGCUGAUUGGCUUUUUGUCCGGCAACUUCUCUAAUGACACAUGGAUGGACGAGUACCUCGGGGUGAACGCCACAGUGAAGAAGAAAGAUGAGGCAACAGAGGAUGCGGGGGAGACAGAUGAUACAGGGGCAACAAAGACUUCCGAUGGUGUGAAGUUCACGGGAGCGUGGGCGGAGUGGCCUGUUGGCAGUCAGGGGGAGAAUCAGCUGUACCACUUUGCGAACUACAACUUCACUCUUGUGGCGACGGUGUCCAUCCACGGUGUGCCGCAGGAGGGUUCUCCCAUUCCUGUGAUGGGUGUGCGUCUGAGUCGUGAAGGAGAAAAAAAAACUUUUGAGCUUUCGUACAACGACAAAGAAAAGAAGUGGCAGCUGCUGUGUAGUGGCGGAAACUCUGAGGAUCAAAGCCGCACUUUGGCGACGGAUACAACACACCACGUCGUGAUUUUGUUAAGAAAUGGCACCCAAGGCUCCGCUUACGUCGAUGGUAAGCCUGUAUUGGGAGAUGCACAAUGUGAUUUGAUAAAUACGAAAGAUAAAAAGAUUUCCCACUUCUACAUUGGGGGGGAUGGAGGUGCAAAAAGCGACUCAGGGAGCCGAGGAGGUGUGUCUGUGACUGUGACGAACGUCCUGCUGUACAACCGCCCGUUGGAUGACAAUGAGAUUACUGCGCUUAACACAAAACUUUCUAUUCCAAAAGCAGAAGAUGCAAAAACAGUGAAGGGUACUCCACCAGAGGCAAUGAAACAAGCUACGCCGGAAGCCGGAACUCCGUCUAGUCUUGGCGGGCAACAGCAGACUGAACAGGAUUCGUUGAAGAAAAGUGAAAAUGCGGGGAGUGGCGUUUUAUCCACGUCAGCGGUGUCCAGUGCUACGACUUCCCCAGCAGCCAACCAGUCCGAAGACCAGUCAGCGUCGGGAACAUCUCCCGAAGGACAUUCAAAUGUGGAUGUUGAUUCUUCGUCCGAGGGAGGCCAAACGGUGGAUGCCGAAACUGAAGACACGGUGCAGGGAGAUGAAACACAACAACCGUCAGUGGGCACUCCCGCCACAGCAGAUACAAAUGCCCCUACCGCUGAAACCAUGGCGCCAGAUGGAACCGCCGUGACACCUGAGGCGGGAGGGCGCUCUGGUGCUAAUGGGGAGACGGCGGAAGGAACGGAUGGGCAGAAAGGGGAGGACAUCCAUGCACGGGACGGCGAAGUAAAUGCUGCGGCACUCAGCAGCAGUCUCGGAAAUGUGUCGCAGGGGAAUAACAGCGAUGCCGGCACUGUGUGCGGGAGCGGACUGCUGCCGCUGCUUCUCCUUCCGUUGGGACUGUGGGGGUUUGCGGCUCUGUGA